ACUCUUGAAAACCCGGCUAAUCAUCUCUGUGGCCUUUGAAAAUAGUCGUGGUGAGGGAGCAAAGCAUUUCUGAAUACUGGCCUGAGACGUAGAGGGUUUGCAAGGCCAGGAACAGCAGAUGGGAACUCUUGUCAUAAGAAAUUUCACUGGCCUUCGAACAGCAAUAGAUCUUAUGUCCGUAAAGGGUUGUAUGACUACUUCAUUACUCUAACGAAAAACUAGCUAGUGUAUAAGGGAGGAAAGAAAACUUGUAAUCUAAAGUUAGUAUCGUUUAUUGUGGGGAAGGAUCACUGGUGUGGUAUUGUGAGUUAUACUGCAAGUGGAGGAACAGUGUGGAAGUGGAGGUACAAUGUGGGUAUAGAAGACGCAGGAGAGAUGGUAGGUGGAAGAGUGAAGGGCGGCAGAGAGACAGGGUUGAGAUAGGGUAAAAGGCAGGAUUGAAGCAGAAUCGAGGCAGGGUUGAACCAGGGUCGAGGCAGGAUUGAGCCAGGACCAAGGCAGGGUCGAAGCAUGGUUGAAGCAGGGUCGAGGUAGGGUUAAGGCAAGGUCAAGGCAGAGUUAAGGCUUAGUCGAGGCAAGAUUGAGUCAAGGUUGAGGCAAGAUUGAGGCAGGGUUGAGGCAGGGUGAAGCAGGAUUGAGGCAGAAUUGAGGCAGGGUUGACGCGGAGUAAAGGCUGAGAAUACAGCGGAGGGGGUGGCGGCUGCGGCGGCGGAGACGGAGAGAAGAAGCGGCGGCAGCACUGCACCUAUUGCAAGAACCACGGCGAACACUCCCGCAAGACCAACCACAAGUGCAAGUAUGAAAAUUGCGACUGCCUGCUGUGCAAGUUGACUCGCCUGAGCCGCCUCAUCAUGCGCCACCAGCAGCGACUGUGGCGCCACCUCAAGGACACUCGCAGGAGGGAAGACGCCGCCGAGGCCGCUGCAGGAGGCGAUUCGGUGCCAUAUGGCGGAGCUGGCAUACCUACGAGCACUAAACAGCAGAAAUGCGACAUGUGCAGGAACCACGGCAAGAUCACGGAGAAACGAGCCCACAAGAACGCCUGCCCCUUUCAGAACUGCCGCUGUGCCCUGUGCGAUCUCACCAUGAAACGACGGAACAUUAUGCGUCACCAGCAGCGCGUCCGAAGGUCGCAGGUGACGAGCAAACAACACAAUGAGGCUUACGAGUACGUGACGCAAACCACGGAGGAGCUCGCUCAACUCUCUGACUCCCUGCGCGACACCUCCAUCUCCACCACCUCCACCACCACCACUCCCUCCACCCCGCCCAACCCUACCACCCCGAUCUCCCAUCCCACCCCCGCCACACCCCAGGCACCACCCAUCGUCGUCCCGUCUGUCUCCUCAGUCUCCCCGCCUUCCUCUCUCUCGCCCUCCCCGCUGUAUUCCAUCACGCCCACCUCCACCACCACCAGUCCGUCCUACAAGGAUGUCCAGCCAGUGGAAAGCCUGGAGAAAGGCGGGUACGUGCCGUGCAUGCCGCGCUCCCUGGUAGUGCCUGAGCCCCGGGGUUGGCCCCCCAUGGACCCCUUCCUCCAUUACGAAACAGAGCCUCCCACCCUCGAUGCUGUGGGUUUCCAGCCCUUGGGCGGAGCGAAUCGGAACCUCAAGAGAGAAAGGGAGGAGAUGCCAACCUGCGCUCCGGCACAUUUCGGAGACACGAAUCUCUUCAGGGAUCUGGACUUCAUGCGAGGCAGCACCCUCAUUGCCCGGGACAACUGCGUCAGGAGUAUGAACCUUCACGCCUAUGACAGCAUGACCAACAUUCUGGAUAUUGGAGCCUACCGCGACCCGGCAUUCCAGACGCCCCCUCCCCUCCUUCCGCCCACCACGGCGCCACAGAAAAAGUCUCGCUUCAUGCUCUCCUCUGAGGACUUGCACAUGAGCUACAGGCGCGGAUUCUGGGGAGGCGCACAGGCAGAGGCUGGUUUUGCUCCUCGCGAUGAUCUUCCUCUGCCAUACCGGAGGCUGACGCCCAGCGAGUCUGCUGACGUGAGAAUGAGGUCACCGCCGGCGCUCAUUCCUCUUCCACAGACCCAGCCGAUCAGGCCUCAGCCUGUCUCUCCGUUGCGACCCCCAGGCCUCCACCCCGGCAUGGAGUGGGACCCCGUCACUCUGCCAUGCCUGGCCUACUCCCUCCUUCAUACUAGGACUUACACACGCGCUCUGCCCCCGCCACACUUCAGCCUGUCUCAAGUGACACCUCUCCUCCACCCAUCUGUUCCCUAAUAAAACCCUCUCUGCCAAAGCCCCUCCUUUUCUGCGGCACAGGAACAAUGCAGAGGUCUGAUUAGAGCUACACACCCUGACCAGCCUUCGCCACGCGGAGGAGGCGUCCCAGUGAUUCAGCCGUCACCAGACGCUUCGUGAAUAUUGACAUGGUCUUGCAUUCCCUUCUGCUGAAAGAUUUCGCCAGAUUUUUCUAUCGCAGCAAAAAACACGAAAGACUAACAAACAGUCCCUACACGACUCCUCCACAGGAACAAUGAAACCCACGUGUCUGGCGUGCUCCUUGUCACCAGUGGGUCUGUCAGGCUGCAGUAUUUUGAUAUGGCGAGAUACGACAGCGCCUUGACAUUGUGAAUGUAGCAUUGCCGCCACACCCACUUCUUUUUGUAGGCACACACACACACACACACACACACACACACACGAAGUAAAUAUUGUUCUAUAGUAGUUGUUUUGUAUAUAAUGUGUUAUCUAAUAUUUUCAUAUUUUAGCAUUAUACUUGUGAGAUUACAUAUGGGAGAGGUGAAACAGAGCAGAGAGAAGCUUUGCCUUCACACAGGUGGCGUUGCCCGGGCCAGCGUGAAGAGUCCGACACGGCAGCUGGAUGGGUGAGGCUCCCAUACCUGAGUUGGCUGAAGGCUGAUUCGCCUCACUAGUUCAAUCAUUAGGUCAAUCAUCUAUUAAACAUAAGCAUAAUACUCAAAAGUCAACGUCAUUUUGUUUGCACACUUACCAUGACCCCACGAAACAAGAUUGAACAUAAUAACUAUGCAUGUCAUUGAGAAAUUGUGAAAAUAAUAGUUCUUUAUGUGACACUGCAAGCCCAGGUGUCUGUACUUGGGAGUACGCGGCAUAAGGUUCCUCCCUGGCUGGAAGGAGUGUGUGUGGAUGGGCUGAGGCUGGCUGAAUCACUUAGGUGAGGUGUGUAACAGUGCUGGGUGCAUAGCAAUCUGGUCCCGGUAGUUGCUUAAGUAAUACCGAGUCACUGACAUGAUGUGCUGUUGGUUGAAAUGUGAUAUAGGUGUUAAGGAAGACAGUUAACAAGAAUAGUGUAGCAACUUUUGACUAUUAGGUUCUUUUCUCGUUCGGCAAAAAUGUUAGUUGUCAUUACCUGUGAGUGACAUGAACUUACUUCAAAGGUCUGUAUUCUGAAGCGUUUCGGUGUCUUGAUUCAACUACCUAUAACAGGCUGCAGUAGAAGUUACUGGGGGAUUUUCAAGGGUGUUUUCAUGCUUUUAGUGAUAGUUUAACAAGGAUUCUGCAGCAUCAGUAAGAAAACACCCUCGAAAACUUAAAACUAAUAAUUUCCGUAGUCUUUGAAAAAUAGUAUGAUGAAGUAAGUUCGAAGUGUUUAAGAAUACGGGCCAUAGAAGGAUAAGGGCGAAAGCAAGUGCGAAUAUAGACAUUGGAAGCAGAUGUCAGGUAGCAAUAUAUGUAAUAGCGCCGGUACCUUCACCGCAGGUUCGCUGAUCCACCACCACGCCGUACCGUACGUAGUGUUAGAGAGAAAUCUAGUGGAUUAGUGAAAUUUGCUGUCUAAGUCUACAUAACUUUUUGUGGUACAGGUUGAAGCUUUAAGUUCAUUUCCGCCUUGGGAAGAAGUGCCGUAAGAUGUUUGGUUGCGUCACGUUAUGUACCGCUGCCCUAAGAAGACAUGUGACUAGCCACUAAGUUUCGUGUUUAUCAGUGCAAAGGUAAAGAUGGUGACACGCUAUAGCUGCCUCGGCGCUCACCUCCGUCUCACUGGACUUUGAACCUGUAGCGGGAGAAUCCCUUGCCCCGGGACACAGGGCCACUAAGACAUCCGGGUUUCUACAGUUUAUCUUCCCCAAGUUUCUCCAGGUUAUCUAUCGGUCAACCUGGGGGAAGGAUGAACAGCUGGGUGAGACGUGAACCGACUGCCACAUCCCGGGAGUUUAUGAUCUAAUUAACAAGGAACCGAUUGAAAGGUUAUGGAUAAAACCAGUUGAGGGAAGAAGAUGGAAUAGCGAUUGAACUACAAAGGAAGGGAGUCGCAGAAGAUGCAGGGGACAGAACAAUGUACUCGUACGUACAUUGCGCCAACCCGUCACUCUAGGGAAACGGCGUAAGAAGUAAAAGUAAUGAACUGAUUAGCAUUAAGAAAUGCAAAGACCAUCAAGAAUUGAACUGGUACCCCAUCAAUAUGUAGCCAGGUAAGCUAGCCACUGUACCGCGAGGAAGCUUCUAUAGUGUAGUGAACUGCUUUAUAUGAAGAGCUUCCAAAGACCAGGCGCGACAGUUGGAGGCAGUGGCAGUAGUUACAGAAGAUAUACUUUUUUUUUUUUGCCUGAAACAUUUAGGGGAUCUUACGUAACAUUUUCUUUGGGCAACAGUACAUGACAAGCCUGCGGGUGUUCUUGGCUCCACCUGCUGAAGGGACCGGCGUCGACCUUGUAUAGUCUCGCUGCGGGCUUUUGUCGACUAUUAGGAUCUAAAGUUCAUAUUCCUAUCCUUUGAAUCUAAUUUAAGAGACUGAAAUUUAUAUUCUCAUUACAGUUACUUUUGGGCGCAAAAAUUCUUGUGAAGUCUGAAAGGGAAGAAAGCUGAGUGAAGAAAGGAGUGACAAUUUAAUAUUGGCCUUGCUUUCAUAUCCCAUACGCACAGUUUGUACAGUCUUGUCAGAAGUCGAGUAACACACUGCAUUCACUGCCACUGUGCUUAAGAGUUUUCCCUCAUAAAGUCAUCAACUGCUAAUCAGAAUAUAGUGAAAAAGAUAUAAUAUCAGUGAAUGAGUAAAGAUCAAUGAAAAUCCUCUGAAGAGCAUAAGAAAAUAAUCUGUCAGAAGCUGUCAUACCUGCACGUACCAAUCCUUGCAUGAAAUUCUCUAACUAUUUCCAACAUUCCAUUCUAUAUCCAAGAUCUUAUGGUACCUGGAAUUAAAUUAAUAUCCUGAAACAGUUAAUUCCUUUGAUAUGCUACGAAUCUGUCUCUUGUCAGGUCUUGGAAGGAGACUGUCACCAGAUCAGAUCAGAUUGGGAAAACACGCAAAACAUAUUGGGAGUGCGUGUAGCAGGUGACUUGACUUAUGACCACCACUGUAUUUGAUCAUGAUGCACACCAAUGGUCUGUAUUUAUUCUAUGAAGCAACCAAUGAGUUCGAUAGUACAUGUUUUUGUUAUGGGGAGAUUCCAUCGAGUGAUCUUUAUGUAAGAUGGUCUCCCUCCAUUAUCGAAUUGUACGAAUUUCUGUUACUGCACCGUACAUAUUAGUAGACUGCAUUCUUGUACGUUUUGUCGUCUUGUCACGACUAUUUUUAACAGACUAGUGGAAUUUAUUGAGGUUUUCAGCAAUGCAUUCAUGGCCAGUGAUAGUUUAACGAGGAUACUGCUUUAUCAAUAGGAAAAAAAAAACGCACACCUACUUUUAGCAGACUCUAGUGGAUGUUAUUGAGGCUUUCAAGGAUGCAUUCUUGACUCUGGUGAUAGUUUAACGAGGAUUCCGCACCAUCAAUAGGAAACAGGUAUCCUGAGAAUCCAGCCACUCAUCAACGUGGUUUUUGCAAACAGUCGUGAUGAGAGAACAAAGCGUUUAAGAAUGCGAGCCAUUAUCUCAUGAAUGAGUGUUCCAUAUGAAUGUCCAAACUCAGUUGCGGAGCGCUGGGCAGAAGCAAAUACAGUUCCCGCAUCACUUGCCUCCGUCUUCACAGAUGAAUUCUGGUGUCCAUUUUCUCACUGUUCUAGGAAUGUAUUAUGGUUGUCGUCAACAAAAUAAAGCUGGUUCGUGUU